AUGUUUCACUUCUACAUAUCAAUGUUUUCUUCGACCGAUAUUCGCGCAAUUAAAUGGAGAGAGAUCAUUGCAAUGGACGCAACGUUUUCUUAUCAUUUAAAAGUUUUCCCCGUAGACUGAAUAAGGACAAAAACGAGGAAACGCAAUGCUCUAUAAUGUCGAUACACUGUGAGAAGACGCCAAAGUUCUUCUGUUACAUAUUCAUUCUUGGUACACUGAUUUUGAUCCUGGACUCUCAUGUACCGGCAGUGCACAACCGUGUAAGACCCGAGGUGGAUCAUCUGCUGCUUUGCCGUUUUUACCAGCUACAUUUGCCGCAACAAGCGAUCCAGAUCUCUCGGCAUCAUCGUCCAGAAAAUACGGAACGUAUGUUACAGCAAGCCUUGACUCGUGAACCGAGAAAAUAUGUGCUACAUUUCUUGCUCGCCGAUGGGUCGAAUGAAAUUUCGAAAAUCGUUCCCGCAUAACCACGAAGACGGAAACAGCGCGGAUGAUCGCUCUGCUUCCAUCGUUGCAGAGAUUCUUUUAUAACGAGGAUAGUAUGCAAAUGAAUGCAAAUCAGAGUUAGAGGGAGGGAAGCAGAUUUGCGAAUGAUUACUUCGCAAAAUAGGAAUUCCGCAGAUGGGAAUCGAAAGUUUUCAAUUGAACUGGUAAAUAUGUUUGCUCGAUUUGUUGAAAUUGAAAUUCUUGUUUCUCGAAGAGAAACCAUGAACCUCAGGAAAUAUUUCUAUCAACAGUUGGAUGGUAAAAUUUAGAAAAUCUUUAAAAUGAUACUUUAAAUUUCAUCGUGGAGAAGGAGUUUCGUCUACUUUGAAUUACAGAGGACAUAAUUUGAUAAGAAAUUGAACAAGAAGUAAAUGGAAGUUCCGAUAUUCUGAAUAAAUUAAAACCGAACUUAAUUACGUGUUUUAGCGUGAUUUAGGAGGGCUUUUACUCGACGAGGAGAAAUUAGAAGAAUACGGCGUCAUACUUGAAUUUUCCUUCUAACAAGAUCGAGUAAUGUCAGAUUUUUACCGCAAAAUCAUUAAAAAAUACUCGUUGAAUCUUCAGGAUACGUAUGGGAGAAAUAAAAUGUAACUCCCAGAGGAAUCCAAUUCUUAGCACCCAAGUAAGAAUUAAGGUACGUCACGAUUUACCGUCACCUUGGAAAGUUCAAUUUGCCACGAUAUUAAAACCUCGUUUAAUUUAAGUUGGCCCCAGAUGCAAAUACGUUUAGAACACUAUCUCGGGUGGGCUCCAGCGAAUCGUUACAUGGUACAUCGCUUUUAAGACCAUAAACGUAAUGUGGCUGUCUCACGCUAUCUUUUUAAUACAAUCGCCCACGUAUCUGAUACAUUUUGUAAUGAAAAUUAUAUUAUUAAUAAAUACUCCGAGAAACACGAUUUUAUUGGUUCAGUUAGGAAGAGUUCGGAGGGGUUAAAGUCGAGGGUUGGAUGCGUAGUGGAUGGGCGCGUGGUGCGAAGGUGGAAUAGCAGACCCACUCGAGAGACAUCACUUGUCUACGGUCUGCGAACCAGUGCACUUUUAAUACAACCCAUUCAUACCAUCCCUGUGAUCGUUGCGAUAACGUGACACUUCUGUCAAUAAUUUGACAUCUUCGAAAAGUCAUCAAUUACACGAGAACAUUAACGAAUAUAUCAUGAAGAAAAGAAAGUUCCACGAGGUGGAAUGUUUCGUGUGACAUGUUAAUAAGAAUUGAUGGUGGUGGGUCUAUAGAGCCCAAAGUGGGAUCGUGAAAUACAUAUAAGUAUCAAGUGCAAAAACCUGACAAUAAUAUUUUAAGUAUUACUAGACGAUUAAAUUAGGAAAUAAAAAAUUCUUGCUUUAUUUUCAAAGUGAGAACGAACACUUGUGUGCCACAAGGAAAUACUAUUCAUAAACAAUGAAUGUAUCAGAUGAAUUGGAAUACAUAUCGUCAAUACGUGGUCCUAAGUACUUGUCUUGGAAACUGACUGUGCCUGUCACUCUGGCAUACGUGAUUAUCUUUGUAACUGGUGUAAUUGGCAAUGUGGCCACAUGUAUCGUCAUUAUCAAGAACCCCAGCAUGCAAACCGCAACCAAUUGUUAUCUGUUCAAUUUGGCGGUAUCGGAUCUCUUACUCUUGGUCUUGGGUUUACCCAACGAAUUGAGUGGGAUUUGGGAACAAUACCCUUGGAAAUGGGGGUUGGUUAUGUGCAAAUUACGAGCAUACAUCUCGGAAACGUCCUCUUAUGUAUCGGUAUUAACUAUAGUGGCAUUCUCGAUAGAAAGAUACUUGGCAAUCUAUCAUCCACUUCGUCAAUACGGCGGUGGAUUGAAACGAUCCAUACGAUGUAUCUUGUGUGCAUGGUUGGUGGCUUUCGUUUUUGCUCUGCCAUUCGUUUUUUACAUGAACAUCGAUUACGUUGAAUUUCCACCAAAAUCGAAACGAUAUUCGGAAGAGUCGGCUAUCUGCGUGAUGCAAGAUGAUAUACCUAAAUUUCCUUUGUACGAGCUCAGCUGUAUACUCUUCUUCCUUGUACCGAUGGCGUUUAUCGGAGUUCUUUACAUGUUAAUAUGUUUACGAAUACAGAGCGACAACCUCGCGCAAAACGUGGAGGGAUCGGUUCACGGGGAAACUAGGCAAGCUCAGUCACGGAAAACCAUCACUCGAAUGCUCAGUGCAGUGGUGAUAGCAUUCUUCAUCUGUUGGGCCCCAUUUCACAUUCAGCGAAUAAUGUGCGUGUACGGGAACGAUACUUACGACGAUGUAAGCCGAUGGCUGUUUCCACUCACUGGCUGUCUCUACUACUUUAGCGCAACAAUCAACCCUAUCUUGUACAACGUGAUGAGCGCAAAAUAUCGAAAUGCAUUUAAGGAGACGUGCUGUUGUUCAUCGAGCAAUCCUAUCACUAGGAUCGGUCCUAGUAGCGUAAAGCAUUCUAGCAUGGUUUGUGCUGCUGGAUCCAGGAUCGAAUCUCAGGUGUUUUCUAUGAAAGACAUUGAGUCGAAUCGUUUGGAGAACAAUUUGCGUAUAGCAGUUCAAUUAAAUUCAGACAAUGGAGCUAAAGAGAAGAGAAUCGUCGCAAAUGAUCCAGUACAGAAUAAUAAAGAUAUCGAUGAAAUCAAUGGUGAAAAUUGUUUAAAAGAAUCGAAGAAAUUAUCCUUUGUUAUUCAUACAAAAAAUGGACGACCGAUGUGUCAGAUGUCCAAUAAUGAAAGUCUUUCGAAAGAGACACACAUUUGAUCGAUGUUAGAAAUAAUAAAGACCAGGGGUCUUAUUGUACGUAAUGAAUUUUGUCGAACUAUGUGCUUUAAGCUGCUAUAAGAUAUUGACCUCCCUUACGAAUGAAACAAGUUUCUAAUUCCUGACCUAGCUUGUCAAGAGAUAGGAUUUACGUAUCUAAAAGUUCUUGCUUGGCUUGGGACUCAAUGAAAAACCUGGAUGUUAUCGUGGAAUCGAUCAAACCAUAUCCAUGAGGAGGUACUUAUUUCUCUGUUCAAAUGUGUUACGGAAAUGUUCGAUGGAACGAAGUCAAACGCAAGCUGGAACGGGAAUCACAAGAUCCUUGCUACGAAACUCUGGCUAAUAUUUAUGGUCAAG